AGUGAAACCUGACGAUCCCAUAAUGCACUUGCAUUCCAAACUCGAUGGACGAAGACUACGACGAAGAGCGUGAAAACGCAAAACAUUUUCAGAAUCAGCCAUACGACGAAGCUUUGGAGGUUCCUGACGGUGAAGAAGUUGCUAGCACAUACUCACCAACUCCACGAGUACACCACCCUUCUGGAGGUAAACUACUGGGAAUACCUGGUAUAGAUCGCCUAGGACGACCAGUUGACAAAAUCAAAAGUGCUGGAUCCACCCCACCAGAAGGCAUGAUAAGUGCAGAGAACUCCGAAGAAGAUGAUGAAUAUGAUGAACAGUUAGCACAGCAACAGCACAUGCAACAAGAAGCUCAACAGUUCCAACAGCAGCAUCAACAGAGAAUGCAACAACAACAACUACAGGCUCUGGACCAACAGCCGAGAAGUGGAAAUAUGCUACCUGUGAAAUCUGAUGGACAGUUUAAUUCGGAGGAUGAAGAAACAGGGUCAGAAACUACCGAGGAAGAUGACGAUGAUGAUGACGACGACGAUGAUGAUGAACAUGUACCAUUAGAAGGAGCUUACGAUCCAGGGGACUAUGAAAAUUUACCUGUAUCGCCAGAGAUCAAAGAAUUAUUCCAAUAUAUCACAAGAUACACACCUCAGUCUAUAGAAUUAGAAAACAAGCUAAAGCCUUUUAUACCAGAUUUUAUACCUGCAGUUGGUGAUAUUGAUGCAUUCGUAAAGAUCAUUCGUCCAGACAGUAAACCAGACACAUUAGGACUGACAGUUUUAGAUGAACCCUGCGCUAAACAGUCCGACCCAACAGUGUUAGAUCUACAACUUAGAGCUAUAUCAAAACAGAGCACAGAUAGAAAAGUGGUUGUUAAAAGUCUUGAGAGUGCAGAAAGGAAUCCUAAAGCCAUAGACAAUUGGAUAGAAAGCAUAAGGGAUUUACAUAGAACAAAACCACCACCUAAUGUUCACUAUUCAAAGAACAUGCCUGAUAUAGAUCUACUUAUGCAGGAAUGGCCUCCUGAGUUUGAAGAAUUACUUAAAGAAGUUGGUUUGCCUACUGCAGAUUUAGACUGUGAUUUAUCAGAAUAUGUGGAAAUUGUCUGUUCAAUAUUAGAUAUACCAAUAUACAAAGGUUCAUCACAACAUAAUUCAAAGAUUCAAGCUCUUCAUGUUUUAUUUACCCUGUAUUCUGAAUUUAAAAAUUCACAGCAUUUUCGUGCAUUGGCAGAUGAGAAUAAACUGGAUAAUGCAUUAAAAGACGAUGAUUAUGGAGGUGGUGGUGGUAUGGGUGGAGAACAACUUAUUCUGUGAUAAAGAACUGUUUUUGUAAUUUAUUUUUGUAUAUUAUUAUCUUAUUGUACCAAAUAAAAUUUGACUGGAACAUUCA